AUGGCUAGUGCGACUUCUUUUUUGAGCCAUCGGGGGAGUCGCCCGCCGAGAUACCGCACCCCCUCGCCUCCGCGACGCGCCGUGGAGCCCAUUUCGCCUGUUUUCACCACCGGUUUGCGGGCAACCUGGGCGGAGCGCGCCGCGCCCACAGAACUCAGCUCCGAUUGCGAUCCCUUUUCCUCGAACGGCAAUCGUACUUCAGAUACAAGCCGAGAGGCGCACCAUCAUCGACCGGGCCACGGCAGAUCCAGCUCGACAAUCGACACCCUUGCGACAAUUGCUUUGGCGACAAGCCCUACUUUUUCUCCGCUCACCUAUCGACCACCGUCUCAAAAUUCUUCCUCUACCAUCCCACUCUUUGCUUCGGAUCACAACCAAGAAUCUGGAGAACGUCCUGCGAAGCGUCCGCGGUCGGAGAAAGACCCCUCCCCGCCCCAUGACCGGAGGGAAGCGGGAUUGGAUUCUCGGUCCUCCGCCUUGCUUGAUAGCAUGAAAACCGACGCCGAGCUUCUUCUUAAUUUUGCCAGACCUACUAAUUUCCUCCCUGUUGCACCGUCAACGAAGCAAGUUAGUAUAGACGACUCAUAUGCCAUCGAGGGCGAUUCAAAACCUCACGCACGAGCGGAUUCGGCUGAGGUUGGUGGGUACCCCAAGAUUGGCGAAGAAAACUUUGCUCAGAGCUUUCAUGGAAACAACAUCCCUCUAUCACGUAUGAGGUCUCGGUCGGAUGGCUCAACAAUUGUUGCUCGACCAGUCAUCCAUGGGAUACGCCCUAGCACCAGCUCCUCCCAUCUUCCUCCCAUUGUCUGGCAAGACGAGCCCGCUGAACCCGAAUGGGUUGAACAUCCCCCCGCGAUCACGCAACGAGAGCGUGCAUCUAGCAGUUCCCAGAAUCACGAACCGAACGGGUCCCUGGCCGCAUCGAUAACAGUCAAACUCCCACCGAAGGCGGAAGAGGAGACCGAUUCGGACAAUUCCAGCCAGGCGAGCUGCGCUGCCUGUAACCUUGUUCGUAUACCUGUGGGAUCGGAAGAACAAGGCGAAGUGACCUGGAUCAAUUGUGAUGGAUGCAAGCGGUGGUACCAUAUCGUGUGCGCUGGGUUUAAGAACGACCGCGAGGUCCGGACGGUUGACAAGUUCAUCUGUCGUGGUUGUAGACCACUUCACGGCUCGACCACUUUUGUUCGCAAGUCAUCAAGAGCGCGUACGGCGAUCGACUAUGCUGGCCUUAACCAGGGCUUGGUCAAGGCUGCCACUGACCCCCUUGAACAUCACUAUAUCGAACCUAUUAAGCAAGGAAAGAUUCGCUUCCUCCCGGAAAAUUUCCCUCGCAUGCGCCCCGAGUUGAUCAACGCCGAAUAUUUUGAACGAGGCAAUGGGAUGACUGAGCCCAUUGUCAUCCCGGCUUCACUCAACACCCGUCAUGCAGUGCCACCUACCGAUCCCGACUUUGAUACUCUCGUUCAGGAAGCUUCUACCCAGGAAAUGUUCGAUGAACUGCUCGACCAUCUCCAUGAAGUACAGCCAGACCUUGAGGAAGUAAUUGACUGCGGUCAAGACCAAUUGGAUAUGGUUAUUCCUCAGGGUCUAACGGUCAGGGCUGUAGCAGAACUCUAUGGGCCCGAAGAACGGGUGGAAGUCAUCGAUGUCAAGUCCCAACAGGGAGAGGAUAAGAGGUGGAACAUGCAAAAAUGGGCCGACUACUAUGAGAGUACGGGGGUCAAAGUUGUUCGGAAUGUCAUCAGCCUGGAGGUCUCCCAGAGCAAGUUGGGACGGUUGAUCCGCCGACCCAAGAUCGUACGCGACCUGGAUCUGCAAGACUCCGUCUGGCCCACAGAACUGAAGGCUAUCGGCGACCACCCGAAAGUCCAGUUUUACUGUCUGAUGUCUGUAGCCGACUGCUAUACUGACUUUCACAUCGACUUUGGAGGUUCAUCGGUUUACUAUCACAUUCUGAAGGGAAAGAAAACCUUUUUCUUCAUACCCCCGAAGGACAAACACCUGAAAAAAUACGAAGAGUGGUGCAAUUCGCCAGCCCAGGACACGACUUUCCUCGGUGAUCAGACAAAAGAGUGCUAUCGGGUGGAUCUCGACGAGGGUGAUACGAUGCUCAUUCCUUCAGGAUGGAUUCACGCGGUGUGGACUCCAGAGAACAGUCUAGUGAUCGGAGGAAAUUUUCUCACCCGUUUAAAUUAUGGGAUGCAGAUCAAAGUUGCAAAAAUUGAAAAGGAUACCAAAGUUCCGCGGAAGUUCCGGUAUCCUUUCUUCCAGAAGAUUCAAUGGUAUACGGCAUUGAAGUAUCUUGAGGACGAUCCUAUUCCUCAGAGUGUUUUGGAUGCAUUUGCACAGGACGAGGCCUACCGCUUCCAUCGACGAUACCCUAUUUAUUACGAGUUCGGUGAAAGAGCAAAUGCAGAAGCCCCGGGCUCCCCUUAUCACAAUUCUCGGUACUACUCCCAGGCCGAGCUAGAGGGCCUACCCGACCUCGCAAAGUAUCUGCUUCGCACGGCCUUGAUCGCCGGCUCCUACAUGGUCGAAGGCGUGACGAUGGAGCAGAGAACCGCAAUCAAGCGGUCAAUACCAAAGGGCCAAGGUGACCCGGUGGAUGCGAUACGGAAGUUUGGGAUUUGGGUCGCCUGGAAGCGAGGCAACGAACAAGCACCUAGCUGGACUCGCCCUGGUGUCAUUGAGAGCAAUGCGAAGAUCAGCUUCAGCGAGAAAAAGCCGGCGGGCCGGCCAAGUCGUCGAUCGGAGCGGAAUGCGGAUAACCAGCGAAUGUACACCGAAAGACAGGCCGUUCAGCGGCCUCCAGAAGCAUCUGUCGACUCCGCAACUAGCGUCUCCAGCACCUCCUACGGCGAAUCUUCUCUGCCAUCAGACAAUAUCAGUACACCUGCCUCUGGCAAGAUCAUUUCAAACACUAGCAGCGUCAAAGAUGAGCCUUCCAAACCUCGAUCCGUGCCGCGUGGCUCAGGUCUUGGACCAAAGCGAGUUGCCUGCGAUGCGUGUCGUAAACGAAGAAUCCGCUGCCGCCACAAAGAUGAAACCGGCGACGUCAUGUUCGCGAAGCAGAUGGCUGUGGGAAAUUUCAGUCCUGGGUUCGGGAUACCGAAUCAGGCAUCCUUGGCUCAUGAUGCUGCGUCUGCACUGAGCUCACUGGCGGCUAUCGCUUCAGAGGCUGGUUUCCAAGACACCGGUGCCUUUGUGGGGUUGGAUCACUUUGAGGCUUCUGGUCAGCCUAGCUCGGCUCUUCUCAACAGUCCAACGAUGGCUACGAAUGGAUUGGUAGACCUGAGUCCUGACGGUGCUGCUUCUGGUAAAAAGGGUCGGAGCAAGGCCUGCGAUGAUUGCCGGAAGAGCAAGCGUCGUUGCAUCCAUGACGAGUACGGCCGGGUCGACCCAGUCAAGGCUCAAGAGCGGUCGAAACCGCGAGCCUCGACUUCCGCUAAACGGGCCAGAACAAGCGAAGACGGUUUAAGCUUCGCUACGGCAACUCACAAGAGACCAAAGCAAGAAAGCGCAUCCCCGGUAACGAGGGCUGCGGAGCUCCUCGGAAGGGAUGAUGAUGCGCCGGGAGGAGCCUUGUCAUCUGGUCACCACAACCACGAAGAGCAUGCUCCUUUCCAACCCGCCGUGGUGGCCGAUCCGUGGAAGGCUCCCGUUGUAGAGGUGGAUAACGACGUGUCUCUAGUGCAUCAGAUGUCGUAUGCGUCGCCUCCUGCCUUCCAAACGGACGCCAUGGUGCACAAAGAGCUCGGAGCAGUCUCUAUGCCCUCUCAGCCCCCGACGUCCUUGGUCUCCCCGCCGACUUCCUUGGCGGACGAGAUCGACGAGGUCCCCCGCGAAAGCGCAGACCGGGACAUGCGCACCCUAGGGGAAGGCGGCCCGCUAGGUUUACUUUCUCGUGCUGCGGAGCACCACCAUGCACCGGAGAGUGUCGCGAGGACCGCCAGGCCAGCAGAGCAUGCUCCAACACGCAAGCCCCCCUCGCCUACUGCCAAAAAACCAUCUUCCCGUCCUUCCUCCUCCCACACGAAGAAGAGCGCGUCUCCCAUGACUUCUCCCGCCCACUCAAACAAGAGUGCGAAGCGCGAACGGCUGGCUACCGUCGGUGACGACGAGCUGGAUCCCGAGAGCAUGCGCCUCAUCCGGGAGAUCCAGGAGCAGGAGUUUGGACUGCGGAAACGGGCCACACGGGUGUGA